GCUCAUAGAAACCAGCGAAGAAAAGAAAGAAAAGAAAAUUUGCGAAGAGGUGUAUGCCUGUUUUUGGUUUGGUUUAAUUUUUAUUUCUUUAGUUUUGAGGUCGUAGAGGAGAAAAGCAAAAAUGGAAAAUAUGCAAGCAGUGAAUAGCUUCGUAGCAGCUUAUUUGAAGAAGAAAGGAUUUAAAGAAGCGGAGCAAUUGUUAGAGGAUAUUCAAAGCAAGGACUCCGCUCCUGUCGAUUUCCACAACGACCCUGAACUAGCUAAGUUCAUUCACCGCUUCUCCCAAUCGGAGGAUGAUGUGGCACGGUACCAGGAUGGGUAUAGCAAGCUGAGGUCAUGGGCUUAUGGUUCGCUUGAUUUAUAUAAGCAUGAAUUGCUUCGCGUGCUUUAUCCUGUCUUUAUACAUUCGUUCAUGGAUAUGGUGGCAAAAGGACAUCUACAAGAGGCUAGAACUUUCUUUAAGGCCUUUCGUGAAGACCAUGAACUGAUGCACUCACGUGAUCUUCAAAAGUUGGAAGGGGUUCUUUCUCAGUCUCAUUUAGAGGAAAUGGAAUUUUCUCGUUCUCUUAGGCAGAGUAAAGUCAACAUCAAGAUAUGUCAGUAUUCCUAUGACCUUCUGUUGCAAUAUUUGCAUAAAACACAGUCGAUUGCAAUGCUUGGGGUCAUCAACGAGCACAUCAACUUUCAAGUUUUUUCUGGACAGCCCAGUUCCAUUUCUGAUGAUGCAGAGGUUGUAACACUUAUUGGGAGCUGCCAGGAUGCAGCUAAUCAGUUAAACCAGAAAGAAAUACACUGGGGAUUGCUCGAAGACUCCUUAGAAGAACGCUUGGAGAAGGCCGGAGGUUUGCUUUCUGAUUCUGAAAAGACAGAAGAAGAGAACAAAGAGGGGGAUGUAGAUGAGACUAAGAAAAGAUCAAUUGAAGGUGGAAAGCAAGGUGCUUCAACAAAAGAGUCAAAAAAGGAGAAAGCUCUUAAUGCAACAACAAAAAAUGCUCGUUUAGAGGCUAGCACAACCUCAGCAGCACCACGAGUGAAACCAAAGCUCCCUUUGCCCUUAAUGUCAACUGAGGUAGAGCAGUCUAUUCUUGAGGAUUUAAGAAACCGUGUACAAUUGAGUAGUGUUGCACUACCAUCAGUCAGCUUUUAUACUUUCCUCAACACGCAUAAUGGUUUGAAUUGUUCAUCAAUAUCCCAUGAUGGAUCUUUGGUUGCUGGGGGGUUCUCAGACUCGUCACUGAAGGUUUGGGAUAUGGCAAAGCUGGGCCAACAAGGUGGAAGUUCUAAUCUGCAGGUUGAAAAUGAUUCUUCUUCAAGUGAACAGGUUCUGGGGCCAAAUGGUGGGAAAAGGUCCUAUACAUUGUUUGAGGGUCACUCAGCACCAGUUUAUUCAGCCACCUUUAGUCCUCUUGGUGAUUUUAUUCUUUCUUCUUCAGUAGAUACAACAAUUCGCUUAUGGAGCACAAAACUAAAUGCAAAUCUUGUUUGCUACAAGGGUCAUAAUUAUCCUGUAUGGGAUGUUCAGUUUAGUCCUGUAGGUCACUAUUUUGCCAGCGCUUCUCAUGAUCGAACAGCAAGGAUUUGGUCGAUGGACAGAAUACAACCUCUGAGAAUAAUGGCAGGGCACUUGUCUGAUGUUGAUUGUGUGCAAUGGCAUGCCAACUGCAACUAUAUUGCCACUGGCUCUAGUGAUAAAACAGUUAGAUUGUGGGAUGUACAAAGUGGAGAAUGUGUUCGGAUUUUCAUUGGUCAUAGAAGUAUGAUAUUGUCAUUAGCAAUGUCCCCUGAUGGUCGAUAUAUGGCAUCUGGUGAUGAAGAUGGGAUGAUAAUGACGUGGGACCUUUCAAGUGGACGGUGCAUUACACCUUUGAUGGGUCACACCUCUUGUGUAUGGACACUUGGUUUCAGUUGUGAAGGCUCACUUCUGGCAUCUGGAUCUGCGGAUUGCACCAUAAAAUUGUGGGAUGUAACAACAAGCACAAAGGUCCCAAGGAAUGAAGAAAAGAGUGGGACGAAUCCAAACAGGCUGAGAUCAUUGAAAACCCUUGCAACCAAGUCUACUUCUGUGUAUAGUUUACAGUUUUCUAGAAGGAACCUGCUAUUUGCAGCUGGGGUGCUCUCUAAGAACACGUAAUCAGUAAAACCUCUCCCAUGACCACCAUUGUGAUGUUUGGGUGCUGUUAGGUACCGUAUACUUGCACAGAAGAAACAAGAUGCUAACUAGCUUUUUUGAUGUAUUGACAUAAACCUUCUCUUCUGUGUCUUAAAUAUAUUUCUCGUUCUUUUAUAAUUAUUGUAAAGACACGAAAUUUGGAAAAUAUUUAUCAAACAGAAAUCUUGUGUUCGGUCACAAAA